ACCAAUUUACAACCCUAAAGUAACACAAUAAACAAUUGAAUCAGGUGUAGCAUUUGGUUUGCACAGCUUCCCUGAUUCUCUUAUCAAUGGCGGAUCUGAAAUCAACGUUCCUCGAUGUUUACUCUACUCUCAAGUCUGACUUGCUUCAAGAUCCUUCCUUUGAAUUCACCCACGAGUCUCGUCAAUGGCUUGAACGGAUGCUUGACUACAAUGUACGCGGCGGGAAGCUUAAUCGUGGUCUCUCCGUGGUUGAUAGCUACAAGCUCUUGAAGCAAGGUAAAGAAUUGACAGAUAAAGAGACUUUCCUCGCAUGUGCUCUUGGUUGGUGUAUUGAAUGGCUUCAAGCUUAUUUCCUUGUGCUUGAUGACAUAAUGGACAACUCUGUCACACGCCGUGGCCAGCCUUGUUGGUUCAGACAGCCAAAGGUUGGUAUGAUUGCUAUAAACGAUGGGAUUCUACUUCGUAAUCAUAUUCACAGGAUUCUCAAAAAGCACUUUAAGGGAAUGCCUUACUAUGUUGACCUCGUUGAUUUGUUUAAUGAGGUAGAGUUUCAAACAGCUUGUGGACAGAUGAUUGAUUUGAUCACUACCUUUGAUGGAGAAAAAGAUUUGUCCAAGUACUCCUUGCAAAUCCAUAGGCGUAUUGUCCAGUACAAAACAGCUUAUUACUCAUUUUAUCUUCCUGUUGCUUGUGCAUUGCUUAUGGCGGGAGAAAAUUUGGAAAGCCAUACUGGUGUGAAGGAUGUUCUUAUUGACAUGGGAAUUUACUUUCAAGUACAGGAUGAUUAUCUGGACUGCUUUGCUGAUCCCGAGACACUUGGCAAGAUAGGGACAGACAUAGAGGAUUUCAAAUGCUCCUGGUUGGUGGUUAAGGCAUUGGAACGCUGCAGUGAAGAACAGACUAAGAUACUAUAUGAGAACUAUGGUAAAAGUGAGCCAUCAAACGUUGCUAAGGUGAAAGCUCUCUACAAAGAGAUUGAUCUCGAGGCUGUGUUCAUGGAAUAUGAGAGGGAAAGCUAUGAGAAGCUGACAAAGUUGAUCGAAGCUCACCAGAGUAAAGAAAUUCAAGCAGUGCUAAAAUCUUUCCUGGCUAAGAUCUACAAGAGGCAGAAGUAGAGACAUACUCUGGCCUCUCUCCGAUUUAUUCUUCUGACAUUAUUGUAUUGUUUCAUGACUUCUUUAGCUCUUUGAUCUUUUGUUCCCCCUUCCAGAUAUCUGAAUUUGAGAUUCUUGUUGAUGCUUAUAGUGUAGACUAAUAAAAUGUCUAUGUUUCUUCAA